CUUUCUCUAACAAAAACCGUUUUCAUUAUUACCCUUUAAUAUAUAUGCUUCAUUCUUGGUUUUCUAUGUGGCAAAUGUGAAUGUGAAUAUCCAAGUUUUGUUCUUUCUCUCUCUGUCUGUUCAAACAUAUCACUAUCACUCUCACUUCUUAGUUUUACAAUCUUUCUCAAAUUUUCUGCAGACUCAACCAAGAAUAAUCUAGUGUUGCUUUAACUCGGUGGAGUAUUAGAGCCAUAGACAAUGCCUAUUAUCAAUAAGGACUUGGAUCCCGCAUUCCAAACCGCAGGAGCAAAUCCUGGAUUGGAAGUUUGGUGUAUUGAAAACCAGCAGUUGGUGCCAGUGUCGGAGUCAAAUCAUCGAAAAUUCUAUACCGGAAGUGCAUACAUAGUUCUGAAUGCAGUUUUUCCGAAAAGUGGCCCUCCUUAUUAUGACAUUCAUUAUUGGCUGGGAAAUGACACAAAGAAGGUGGAUUCAAGCUUGGCAUCAGACAAGGCACUUGAGUUGGAUGCAGCCUUAGGAUCCUGCAGUGUUCAAUAUAGGGAAAUUCAAGGCCAAGAAUCACAGAAGUUUCUAUCAUACUUCAAGCCUUGUUUAAUACCUGUCGAAGGAGUGUUUACUUCAAAGCAAGGGAAUUUGAAUGGCGAAUACCAAGUCAGCCUGUACACAUGUAAGGGAGACUACGUUGUCCAUGUGAAAGAGGUUCCUUUUAUAAGGUCAUCAUUGAAUCAUGAAGAUGUAUUUAUACUCGACACUGCAUUAAAAAUCUUCCUCUUCAGUGGUUGCAACUCUACCAUUCAAGAAAGAGCCAAAGGUUUGGAGGUUGUUCAAUAUAUCAAGGAUAAUAAGCAUGGUGGAAAAUGUGAGGUGGCCACAAUAGAGGACGGAAAAUUUGUUGGCGAUUCUGAUGUCGGAGAAUUCUGGAGUUUAUUUGGUGGUUAUGCUCCAAUUCCUCGAGAACCGCCUUCUAGUCAGGAAUCCGUGGCUCAAUCCGUAAAGCUAUUUUGGAUAAAUCUACAGGGAAAACUAUGUCCAACCGGAAGCAAUGCAUUUAGCAAAGAAAUGCUGGAAACAGACAAGUGUUAUAUGUUAGACUGUGAUAAUGAAAUUUUUGUGUGGAUGGGAAGGCAGACCUUAUUGACCGAAAGAAGAACAGCGAUCAAAGCUACAGAAGAUUUUGUCAGAAAUGAAGGAAGAUCGGACAAGACUCAUACGACAUUUUUAUCAGAAGGAUUGGAAAGUACCAUCUUUCGGUCGCACUUUACUAACUGGCCUAAAACAGUUGAGCCUAAACUUUACGAAGAAGGACGAGAAAAAGUUGCAGCCAUAUUCAAGCAUCAGGGUUAUGAUGUGAAAGAGCUUCCUGAUGAAGAGGAUGAUGAGCCAUCUAUAGAUUUCAGUGGCACAACAAAAGUUUGGCGCGUGGAUGGUGAUGAGCUGACCAUUCUUUCGGUUACCGAACACACGAGACUUUACAGCGGAGAUUGCUAUAUUGUACAGUAUACAUUUCCAGGAAAAGGAAGGGAUGAGACACUGUUUUAUGCUUGGCUUGGUUGCAAAUGUGUAACGGAGGAUAAAACAGCUGCCAUUUCCCACAUCAAUACUAUGGUCGAUUCGUCCAGAACUAAUCCAGUUAUGGCUCAAAUUCAUGAGGGCAAGGAGCCAGCUCAAUUUUUCUCAAUACUCCAGAGGUUAAUCAUAUUUAAGGGUGGAAACAGUUCAGGAUAUAAGAAAUUUAUAGAAGAAAAAGGUAUUGUGGAUGAAUCUCACAAUGAAAACAUAGUGGCCUUGUUUCGAGUUCAAGGUACAAGUCCAGAUAAUAUGCAGGCCAUCCAAGUCGAUCAAGUUUCAAGUUCCCUGAAUUCAUCCUAUUGCUAUAUUCUGCGAACCGAAGCAGCUAUGUAUACUUGGAUUGGAAGCCUAUCUUCAGCAAGAGACCAUAAUCUUCUUGAUAGAAUGGUUGAACUGCUUAAUCCGACCCAGCUACCUGUAUCUGUGAGGGAAGGGAAUGAACCUGAUAUUUUCUGGGAUGUUCUUGGUGGAAAGUCAGAAUAUCCAAAAGAGAAAGAGAUUCAAGGUUUCACAGAUGAUCCACAUUUGUUUGCUCUAAAAAUAACCAGAGGAGACUUCAAGGUGAAAGAGAUAUACAAUUAUACACAGGAUGACUUAAUUACUGAAGAUGUUUUAUUGCUUGAUUGCCAAAGAGAGAUUUAUAUUUGGGUUGGCUUGCAUUCGGUUGUCAAAUCGAAACAAGAAGCUCUCAACCUUGGCUUGAAAUUUUUGGAAAUGGAUGUCCUUGUUGAAGGCUUAUCUCUGGAAGUCCCUAUUUAUGUUGUAAUGGAAGGUUACGAGCCGCAAUUUUUCACUCGUUUCUUUUCAUGGGAUCACUCAAAAGCAAAUAUUAUUGGUAAUUCAUUUGAGAGAAAGCUUGCAAUUCUGAAAGGAAACUCCAGGGACUCUACACCUACUGGUCACAAAAGCAGUUCUAUCAUUUCCAAUGGCCGUCGAAGAAGUAGUUCACCUCUACCUAGGAGUGCAGGCUCAGACUAUAGGCAAUCAGGCAAUCGGCUUUUUUCAAGCCCUACUCCAGUCGCCAAGAAGCUCUUUGAAGGAUCUCCUGCCAAUGACAGUACUGAACAAACAAUCCAACUGUCUGAUUCUCCAGCAACAGAACUGAGCUCCUCAAAUGAGGCUGCAAGUUUCACCGACAAGGACAAAAAUGUGGAUGACGAUACUCUGGCUAAACACCCUUACGAGCGUCUUCGAGUGGUUUCACCAAAUCCAGUAACAGGCAUCGAUCUAACUAAAAGAGAGGCAUAUUUAUCUAAUGAAGAGUUUCAUGAAAAGUUCGGAAUGCCAAAAUCUGCUUUCUACAAACUCCCUAGAUGGAAACAGAACAAGCUGAAGAUGUCACUGGAUCUAUUUUAAAGGAUGGACAACAACAAAUGCAUCUAUAAUAUAUAUAGCAUGAUACAAUUUUUACCUCUUGAGUGUAUUAUGCAUGAGUGAAUAAGCUUACUACGUAGUUAUUCUUUCAUUUUGUUUCAUAAUAUACUAUUGUGAUCUGUGUUGAUGCUUUUGGGGAAUACAUGUGAAACUUGUUAUGUUUUUCCCUGACAAUAAAAUAAAGGCUUUAAUGC